GACACCAGACUUUACCGUUUACUGUGCUGACUUUUUAAACUGCCGCUAGGGGCGGCAUUGAGUCAUUUUAAACGUCGGGUUAAAUAGUCACUAUUUUGAUACUCGAUAAUUAAAUAAUCUAUUACUGAUUUCUAAAACAUAACGCAGCCUAAACAAGUAGAGUGAUUGUGUCUCGUUUGGCGAACUCCACAUUGAGAAGUAUGGUAAAAUGCAGCGAGCUGUCAGUACCCGGAUGUUGCAUUCAAAAUGGUGAGUGCGCAACGAUGGACACUGAACACCCUUAAUAGUCGCCAUCUUGGCUACGUAGCGGAAGGGGAGUGACUACCUUGAAAUAAUGGCGACUUGAGGAGCAAAAAAGUAGUGAAUUGAAAUAAUAAAAUGUAUGAAAGUAGUGAGUAGAAGACGCGGGCAAAUAUCACGAUCAUCAUUUCCGGAUGCUUAACGACAGAUCAGCCACAGCUGGCUCUCUCCGUCUGGAAUGAAGAAUUCCAGCCUGGGAAUCAGCCGCAGGAAGAGGCAGAGGAGGAGGAAUGGAUAGCACCUCUGGAGAACGAAAUUUCAGAAAGCGGGGAGUACAAGAACAAGGUCAUGGCGCCAUAUUCUGAAUUUCCAAGCAGCAAAGGAAAAAGUCCCCAGCAAAGCACUUCACAUGAGCAGACGGCUGUGGCGUGCGGCGAAGAGGCCUCCUUUGGUGCCACAGCUGUGGACAGUGAUGAGGAGUGGAAAGCCGACGAGAGCGUUCCCAGCGACGACAGCGGCGACGAGUGGAAGAAGGGCAAAAAGAAAGCCGGCAGGAAAACCAAAUCAGGCAUCACCUGCAAAGUCUGUGGAAAGAGCUUUCACGCCAUGAUCUCUCUGGCCAAUCACAGCGAGGCUCACCCCAAAGACAUGUGCGGCGUCUGCGGCCUGCAGUUUCAAUCCGAGGCGGACUUUGAUGUUCACAUCAAGACGCAUGCGAGAGGCAGCGUGUGCAGCAUUUGCGGGAAAGGCUUCGGGACGUCGAAGGCGCUGGAGACGCACAUGAGGGUGCACACGGGCGAGAAGCCCUUCAAGUGCAGUGAGUGCCACAAAGCCUUCAACUGUCAGCACAACAUGCGGCGGCACAUGCGCACGCACACAGGCGAGAAGCCCUACGCCUGCCCCGUGUGUGACCAGCACUUCAACGACCACUCCACCAGGAAGCGCCACAUGAUGAUGCACGAGAGCGACCCCGUGCAGACCACGGCAACGACAUCACUGAGUCCACAGAAGAGCAGGGUCAUAUGUGCCGUGUGCGGGAAGAUGUUCCAUUCCCUCACUGCCUUGGUGAACCACAGUGGCAGUCACUCGACCGACUGCGGCGUGUGUGGCACUCACAUGGACUCUCAGGAGGACCUGAUGGUUCACCUGAAGACUCACUGCAACGGCAAAGUGUGCGACGUGUGCGGCAAGUGUUUCGAUGGCUGCAAAGACCUGGAGACGCACAUGAGGAUCCACACGGGUGAGAAGCCCUUUUCGUGCAGCCACUGUGGCAAAGCCUUCAACUACCAGCAAAACAUGAAGCGACACAUGCGCACACACACGGGAGAGAAGCCGUACACCUGCUCCGUAUGCGGCAAACAAUUUAACGACUACUCGGCCAGGAAGCGACACCUGGUGAUGCACGAGAACAAGAAAAACGCAGAAGAGAACGACGGCGGCCACGUGGAGACCACACCUAAACCGAAGCGUCGAGAAAUCUGUGUCGUGUGCGGGAAGAUGUUCCACUCCAUCAUCUCUUUAGUGAACCACGCCAACACUCACUUGACAGACUGCGGCGUGUGUGGCACUCGCGUGGACUCUCAGGACGACUUGAUAGUCCACCUGAAGACUCACAGGAACGGCAAAGUGUGCCAGCUGUGUGGCAAGUGUUUCGACAGCCGCCGGGACCUGGACACACACCUCAGGGUGCACACAGGCGAGAAGCCCUUCUCGUGCAGGGUGUGCAGCAAGGCCUUCAACUGUCUGCACAACAUGAAGCGACACAUGCGCACGCACACGGGAGAGAAGCCCUUCGCCUGCUCCGUGUGCGGUCGGUGUUUCGCCGACCGCUCCGGCCUGAAAAAGCACAGCACCGUGCACACUGGCGAGAAGGCGCACAGCUGCGAGGUCUGCGGGAAGAGCUUCUUCCGGAAGGCUUAUGUGAGACUUCACAUGAAGUGCCACUCCGCUGACAAAUAACAGACGCCUCCUGAGUUGCACUGAGUUAUGAAUACAUACAAAUGAAAGGAUGGGGGCCACUUUGGUACUUUUUUAUACAGAAAGAUGCUAAAACCAAUCCGAUAUAGAUCAAUAUAUGCUAAACCAGAAUAAAUCAGAAUAACAUGUUGACAUCUUGGCUUUAUGUUAAUGCUGACAAAGCAAAUAGACAAAAUUGUUUGUCUGCUUUUUGUUACCAUGACAAUGUCUUGUUAUUGUUCAGGUUGUUUCUUUCACUUUUCAAUAAACUUUAUGCGUGAACUCAAUUCAUGCUCUUUUAAGUGAAAACACGUUUGCUAAUUCAUAUAACAUACUAUUGCCAGCUUAUUAGCUCUAAAGCUAGUUAUUAGCGUGUCUUCAUGUUAAAAAUGCAAACUCCAUUUAAAACGUGAUUGAAAUUUAAUUAAAACACUGCCAAAAUGUGAUUUCUAAGUGUAAUCAGAAUUGUUGACCUUGUAUCUUAAAGUUCGACACGAAAGACUGUUUAUUGUACUUGAGAGGGACUAGUCUAAUGAAUGAACAAAUGCUCAACUUUUGUAUAU